AUGAUUUACCCGUCCUUGAAAGCAAUCAAGAAGAUAUUGAGAGCCUGGCUGAGGUCCUUGAAGCGAAAGGGGACUGCACGGUUUCCUGGUACGUUAGGUCAUGCGGGGUGGAAACUUCUCCUUCAGCAGGUACUUCUGUUGCAUUCGACCUAUCAGGCAGAGAAUCCAAUCGAGACACUAAGCCUUAAUGGCAGGUUGGAAUUUGACGCUGGGCGAACUGGAUGCCGCCUGAUGACGUAA